CACUACUACCAGGGCGACGUGUUGGCCGCGAAGCAGGACGUGGUCGUCGUUUCCCUCAAUUACAGGUAUUUGGCGCUCAAUUCAAACCGCUUUUCAUUCAUUCCAUGUCUCCACAGAUUGAACGCUCUGGGCUUUCUGUACGCGGGAGAGGAUGAGGCGCCGGGUAAUGUGGGUUUGUGGGAUCAGGCGCUGGCCUUGGAGUGGAUCAAAGACAACAUCCGCUACUUCGGGGGCGACGACUCGCGCAUCACUCUGUUCGGGGAGAGCGCCGGCGGGUGGAGCGUCUCUCUGCACACCAUUUCUCCCGUCUCGCGACACCUCUUCCACAACGCGAUCGUCAACUCCGGCGCCUAUUUGUACGACUAUUCGGGAGACUCGCCGUCGGAUCACGUGACGCGGUGGCUGAGAGGGGCGGCGACUGUGGGCUGCGUUGACGCCGAGAGCAAAGGCAGGUUUACUAAGAAAAUAAUGGAGUGUUUGCGAGGAGUGGACGCGCGCCGUCUGGUGGCCAUCACUGACGACACGGAUCUGAUGAUCGGUUCCGUCAAAGUGUUCAAUUUGGUGGUAAUUGACGGCAAAUUUCUGCCCAAAAGACCGAAAGAAAUGCUCGAAGAACGCGAUUUCAAGCGAAACGUCAAUCUCUUGGUGUCCACUGUGGAGGACGAGGGUUCGUUCCUCUUGACGUGGUUAACGGAUCCCGAGAAAUUCCACGCCACGAAUCCCAAGAACUUCACUCUCGAGGAAGCGAAACAAGAGUUGACAGAAAUUGCGGACAAUUUGUGUUCAAAAAAGCGCGUAAACGGCGAAGACGUCGCGAAACUGUAUUUCUCGGGUUUUUCGGAUCAGAACUCUUCGGACGCGAUUCGGCGCCAAUUGGGAAUCGCUGUCGGCGACUACUACCUCACGUGUCCCACUCUGGAGUUCGCGAGACGCGCGUUCAGUGGCGGCGCCCGCGUCUGGCAAUAUCUCUUCAACAGCAAACUGCAGACGAACUUCUUCUGCUCGCAAUGGAUGGGCGUCUGUCACACGAACGACAUCUUCCCGAUGUUCGGCAACCCUUUCAUCGAUCCCGAGGAGUAUUGCGCGCGCGAGAGAGAGAUCUCGGAGCAAAUGAUGCACUUUUUGGCGCAUUUCGCGAAACACGGAUCACCGCCGGAACAGUCGGGCGUCAAAUGGGAAGAGUAUUGGCGAAUAGGAGACGAGACAAUCGCUCCGUAUCUCGAGAUCACGAACAAUGGCAACGAAUUCAAAACUGGGUUAAAAGCGAAUGAAUGCCAAAAGCUUUGGAACCGAUAUUUAAUUGGAAAUGAAAGUCAAAACGAUUAAAGAGUGAAAAGGAA